GCCUCCUCGGUAAACGCGAGGAAGCAAGUCUCGCGAGGUUAGAGCUCUCUGGGAGGGCUGGCAGGAGGCUGUCCGGGCAGGUUACCCUGGGCGAGGGACGGGGCUGAUCCCCGUUGACCCGCAGCCGUCACUCCGCUGACUAUCUCUGCCGGCUUCUGCGUCUGCUCGCUGAAGAAGCUGAACAGGCGAGAGGAGUCUUUUCUCUUGGGUGCAUAGGUCCCCAUUGGCAGAGACUUUGAGUCCUAGUCGCCACAGCCGUCGGCUGCGAGGAUUGAGACCAGAGUAUUCCUUUAGGAAUGAGCUGUACAAUUGAGAAGGCACUUGCUGACGCUAAAGCUCUUGUUGAGAGACUGAGAGAUCACGACGAUGCUGCAGAGUCUCUCAUCGAGCAAACCACAGCUCUCAACAAGCGAGUAGAAGCAAUGAAGCAGUAUCAGGAAGAAAUUCAAGAACUUAAUGAAGUUGCAAGACAUCGGCCACGGUCCACGUUAGUGAUGGGAAUCCAGCAAGAAAACAGACAAAUCAGAGAACUGCAACAAGAGAACAAAGAAUUACGUACCUCCCUGGAGGAACAUCAGUCUGCCUUGGAACUUAUAAUGAGCAAGUAUCGAGAGCAAAUGUUUAGACUGCUAAUGGCUCACAAAAAGGAUGAUCCGGGGAUGGUAAUGAAGCUGAAGGAGCAGCACUCCAAGAUUGACAUGGUGCCUCGUAACAGCUCCGAAGGAUUCUUCCUUGAUGCAUCUCGACACAUCCUUGAAGCACCUCAACAUGGACUGGAGAGGAGGCACUUGGAAGCAAAUCAGAAUGAACUACAGGCACAUGUUGACCAGAUAACAGAAAUGGCAGCAGUAAUGAGGAAAGCCAUUGAAAUUGAUGAUCAACAGGGUUGUAAAGAACAGGAACGAAUACUUCAACUUGAACAAGAAAACAAGGGCUUGAGAGAGAUCCUUCAGAUUACUCGAGAAUCAUUUUUGAACCUUAGGAAAGAUGAUGUGUCCGAAAGUUCGUCUUUGUCAGCUUUAGUGACCAACAGUGACCUGAGUCUGAGGAAGAGCUAAAGAGCUUCUCGGUCUCGGAGCUUCUUAAAAGGCUCCAGACUUUGGUCACUGGGGCUGGCCUACUGCAGUGAAUGAGUGAACGGGAAAAUCAGUCUCAAGCUACCUUUUGUUUUAUUUUUUUUCUAUAAUAUGUACAGUGCACUGGCAAUGUCAUUUUUAAGACAAAAAAAUGAAUGGUUAAUGGUCAAUAAACUUUAUUCCAUGAUAAAAUUGAAAAGUAGAAACUCAGCCUUUGUUAAGUGGUAAAGAUUCCCACGGUGACUGCUGAGCGUAUCAGGAGCUCUCAGCGGUGCUGUCGGCCUUCUGGAUGCCGGUGGGAUCAACGAGGAUAUUCCCGUAAAUGUUUGAGAAUUCAUAAAAUGAUCCAGUUGGUCACGGUUUUGUGAAUGGAGAAUUGUCAUACUGUUAUCCUCCCUGUUUGGUGUCUAAGUUAGCAAAUAGCUUAUACACCAUGAGACUUCAGUUUUUUUAAUGAUUGUCUACCUCUCCAUUAAUUUUUAAUUUUUUUCCAAGAAAAUUCAGUUCGAAAGGCUGCAGGAAUGUUUACAUGAACCAUAAACAAUGGAAGAAAUUUAAUUUUAGCUAAUUUACCAUAAUUAAUACUCACUAACAAUUGUCAACAACUUGCUUAAGGAUAUAUGAACUACCAUUUCAGGAAUGAAGGAGAAGGAAUACUACUUUCUAAGAAAGAAGAUCUUAUAAGAGACUUAUUAGUAGGUUAAACUACUCCUUUGAAAGAAUAAGUUUGGGUUCUAAAUCAAUAAAGAUGAGAUUUUUCUCUUCUCUGGUUGAUCUUUAAGGAUAUUAUGUAGCUCAUUUAGCUAGCAAAGUUGAAAUGUUGAUAGAGCAAGCUAGGUAUGGUAACUUCAAAGUAAAUUGGGAAUUCUUCUGCCUCGUAGAACCUUUUUAAAAAGUAAAUACUCUUAAAUUUAAAAAAAUUUUUUUGAUCUUUUCUUAAGCUCCAUCCAGUCCAUAUAACCUGUAAGAUUUUUCUUAUAAUCCUUCAGUUAAUGGGGAUAAAAAUCUAUGGGUUUAGAAGUAUUUGUUUUAUUUUUUACAGAAAAUGUAUUUAGUAUAUACAUUUUUUAAAACAAAUCUUAAGUUUGGGUAAGUGGGGUUGAUUGAAUAGGAAAAGGGCAAACGGCCCAGACAUUAAAUAGAUUUCUUUUCUCCUUCUGAGGCCUUAAUUGAUAUUUUAUAAAUAAAUGAUAUUUUUUAUUUUUAAACUUUUCUAUUGGGUUUUUGGAAAGUAUCCCUUAAUUGAUGGCACAUUCAAUCAUACAGUUUUUAUCCCAAGUCAGAAUUAAAGAAACUACACAGUUAAAACUAAGUCUGAGGUAAUCCAUUGAGGCAGCUCUAUUAUAAAAAAUCACUUCAUAAAUAAUUAUUUUUAUAAAAAGUAAAUUGAGUUAAUUUAUUCUUGGUUGUCUGACAUGGGUAUAAUUUUUAAGAUUCUGGUGUUUAAAGACAUUUACUUUGUUAUAUAGUUAAGUUUUCCAUCCUAUACUUUUUUUUUUUUGUAUCAGAACCUUAAAUUUGUGUCUGAGAAUAUCUACUGCAUAAGAACCUAUUUUAUCAAUAAAGAUGAGUGAUUAAAAUUGG